GGGGGAGUUUUCUUUGGCUUUUACUGGCUGGAGGUUGGGAAUUACAUGUUGAGACCGCGAGUUGAACGCAGUAAUAGUAGUAGAAUAAUUUUGCUAUUUUUUGAGGGACUGUCAAUAAUUGAACUAAUACUCUUUGAUUAAUAGAUAUAGUUGUUUGAUAAAAUGCUGUCUUUAGACUUUCUGGACGAUGUUCGGCGAAUGAAUAAGCGCCAGCUGUACUACCAGGUGCUGAAUUUUGGCAUGAUCGUGUCUUCGGCGUUGAUGAUUUGGAAAGGCCUGAUGGUUGUGACUGGAAGCGAAAGCCCUAUUGUAGUUGUUCUCAGUGGCAGUAUGGAGCCUGCAUUUUACAGAGGAGACCUCCUAUUCCUCACAAAUCGAGUCGAAGAUCCAAUCAGAGUGGGAGAGAUUGUGGUGUUCAGGAUCGAGGGCAGGGAGAUCCCCAUUGUACACAGAGUGCUCAAAAUUCAUGAGAAGGAAAAUGGAGACAUCAAGUUCCUGACAAAAGGUGAUAAUAACUCAGUGGAUGACCGAGGCCUAUACAAGAGAGGACAGCAUUGGUUGGAGAAGAAGGAUGUGGUGGGCAGAGCAAGAGGGUUUGUACCUUACAUAGGAAUUGUUACAAUUUUGAUGAAUGACUACCCUAAGUUUAAGUAUGCUGUUCUGUGUAUGCUGGGACUUUUUGUUUUGGUACAUCGGGAGUAAUCCUCCUCCACCAAGGACAACAUGAUAAAGCAAGGCAGUUCCAACCUUCCCAAGCCAGUUUUUGCUGGUGUUACUAUUCUGUUUUUGCACCAACAAAAAAAAGUAACCGUCAUUAAUUGCUGUUAAAGUUUAAAAUAACACUGGUAAUUUUUGUUUUUGUUUGUCUUGCUAUAGCCUUAAAAAAAAAAGUUUUUCUUUGUUCUUUCUGAUGUGCUUUCAUCAUGUUCAAGUCUCAAACCUGUUUCUACAGCUCAGACUUUUCUAUUGAAUUAAAAUUAAAAAAAAAAAUAAAAACAACUUCUCUUA